AAUAAAGAAGUGGCGAGUGACGUAGAGUGAGGAAAAGUCGCGUGGUGAUAAUGAGUUACGUUAGAAUGUGGUGGGUUGGAGAUGACGCCGGACAUAAAUAAGCUCAACCAAAACAAAACACCCACACUUUGUUCAAUUUCUUCUCUUCUUCUCUUCCCUAACACUUCCGUUUCGGAGGGAAACACAAAAGCAAAUCACCUUUUUUUGUUUUUUUCUUUCUCUCAACACUUAGCAAUGUUCGCCGAAGAGAAUGGCCUCAGGGGAGACCCUAGGCUUCAAGCCAUUUCCCAAGCCAUCAGAGUCGUACCUCACUUCCCCAAACAAGGAAUAAUGUUCCAAGACAUAACGACAUUGCUGUUGGAUCACAAGGCGUUUAAAGACACGGUCGACAUUUUUGUCGAUCGUUACAGAGACAUGCACAUUUCCGUUGUUGCCGGAAUUGAGGCGAGGGGAUUCAUGUUUGGUCCCGCAAUUGCGUUGGGCAUUGGUGCCAAGUUUGUUCCUUUACGCAAACCCCGGAAGCUGCCAGGUGAAGUAAUCUCAGAAAAAUAUGCUCUAGAAUAUGGAACUGAUUGUUUGGAGUUGCAUGUUGGUGCUGUCCAGCCGGGUGAACGGGCCAUAGUCAUUGAUGACUUGGUGGCCACAGGUGGAACUCUGUCAGCAGGAGUAAAACUUCUAGAGCGUGUUGGUGCUGAAGUAGUGGAAUGUGCUUGUGUCAUUGGUGUGCCUGAGGUCAAGGGCCAGUGCAGGCUCAUUGGAAAGCCACUUUAUGUUCUUGUUGAGCCGCGUCAAGCAGAUAAGUGUUGUUGAGAUGUGAUGUUAGCUGGGUCUUGGGCUGACAUACAAAAGGACGGUGGAUCUGAGAAACAAAGGCCAUAAUGUGAUCCUUAAGGUUUGGGCUGAAUGAGUGGUGUCCUGGCAAUUUGGAAAUAUCAUCAUGGGAAUUGUUUCCCUUUAUCUUGUUGUACAUGUUAGCCAUCAUGUUAUAUGGUCAACAGUUUAGAACAAUCAUUAAAGAAGGGAUGGCUUCUUCUGGCAUUCAAAUGUCAAUUUAAGGUCACAUUUCUUCAAUUAUGUUUCGAACAUUCCAAGAUAAGGAAAUAUUUUAUUUCAUUUCAUUUAAUUAAAAAAGAAACAAAAUUUAUACUUAA